AUGUACAAGGUGAGGUUUGACGAGCAGGAGAUCGAUGAUCCAAUGGACAACAAUGGAUAUGUCGAAAUCGAUCCAACGGGUCGUUAUGGCCGAUUUGAUGAAGUACUUGGAAAAGGUGCCAUGAAAACCGUGUACAAGGCUAUGGACGAAGAGCUCGGGAUAGAAGUCGCGUGGAAUCAAGUUAGGCUCGUCGACUUGCUCAAAACUCCCGACGAUGUGCAGCGCCUUUACUCCGAGGUUCACCUUCUCAGCACGCUCGAUCACGGCUCGAUUAUCCGAUUCUACACUUCGUGGAUAGAUGUCGAUAACCGGUCCUUCAAUUUCAUAACCGAGAUGUUCACUUCCGGCACUCUCAGAGAGUACAGAGCCAAGUACAAGCGAGUGAGCAUCCGGGCCAUAAAGAUAUGGGCUCGGCAAAUACUCGAAGGGCUUGUUUAUUUGCACGGCCAUGAUCCUCCCGUCAUUCAUCGUGACCUAAAGUGCGAUAACAUAUUCGUCAAUGGCCAUCUCGGACAAGUCAAGAUCGGUGAUCUUGGCCUUGCAGCUAUUUUACGAGGUUCGGAUAGAGCACACAGUGUGAUAGGCACGCCCGAGUUCAUGGCACCGGAGUUAUACGAAGAAAACUACAACGAGCUUGUCGAUGUAUACUCGUAUGGGAUGUGUGUUUUAGAGAUGAUCACCUCUGAGUACCCAUACAGUGAAUGCAAAAACCCGGCUCAGAUAUACAAGAAAGUGACAUCAGGUAAAAAGCCGAGGGCCUUCUUCAAAGUCCAAGACUUGGAUGCACAGAGAUUCAUUGCGAAGUGCCUGCAGAACGUGCAAAAAAGGCUGUCGGCUAAGGAGCUGAUGCUCGACCCGUUUCUUGAAGUUGACUGUUUUGACAAUCGUCACGGGCUGAGUGAAAGUGUCGGGUAUCAGAAGCCUUUCCUGAAUGAAAGUGUUGAGCUCGAGCGCUUGCAGUUGAACGAUAAUUUCCCUAAGUCGAAUAUGACUAUUACGGGCACGUUAAACCCGGACGAUGGUACCAUUUUCUUGAAAGUGCAGAUAGCUGAUAAAGAAGGUGCCGUGCGAAAUGUUUUCUUUCCGUUCGAUAUAGUUUCCGAUGCCCCACUUGACGUGGCGAAUGAAAUGGUGAAGGAGCUCGAGAUUACGGAUUGGAGGCCUUACGAAAUAGCAAAUAUGAUCGACUCGGAAAUAUCGGGCCUUGUCCCCGACUGGAAAACCGACCAUCCGAGUUAUCAACAAGACGAAUACGAACACCAAAAUCUUUAUUCGCCGUCCUCUUCAUCGCAAGUCUCGGCUUUAGGCUGGAUUCCCUCUCAUAAGUUGGAUUCUAACUUGUUUGAUGACACCAGCUCCCAAAGCUCAUCAUCACAUUCGGAGAAAUAUUCGAACUGGGCCUACUACUCUGCAGACGAGCACCAGUCCAUGAUGAGCCCAAACCGAGUGCUGAGCCCGUCAAGGGUGCAGAUUUAA